AAGCCGUUCAGGCGCAAGCAAAAAAAAAAAAAAAGCAGCAAAACGAGCGUACGAUUUGUCGAUUUGCGUCAUCAUUCCAAGAUUACGCCACAAAUAGAGUAAAGAGCGCCGUAAUAGUAAUAAAACGUUGAUCUUAACAGUUUCUUACUUUCUACCAGUUUCUGGGCCACAAAACCACAGCCACGAAUUCAUCCCCGCGCAUUAUAGAAAAACUGAACGGCCGAAUCCUAAAAUGCGCCCCCGGGUGUGACACCACCGAACCGUUAACCCGCUUCACCGUCUUCAUCACCACUUGCUCUUCUUUGUCUUACCGCAAACCGAACUCUGUAUAAUUCUGAAGUAGAGGAGUAGACAACUGUAAUUCGUAGAAAAAUUAGUCGUAAUCGGUUGCAACCCCCACGCCACUGAAUAAUUCUUCCUUCAUCGCUUAAAAUUGUGUGAUUUCUGGGUUCCCUUUUUCUUUAUCAAUUCUGGGUGGGAAAAUAGUAUAAUUUGGUAAAAUAAAAAUGGCGUCUUUUCAUGUAUCCUUAAAAUCGAGCAUUUCUCCAUUUUCAGUUUCACAAUCGCAGUAUUCACCUUCUAGAUGGAGUUAUUUCUGCUCGGAAUUCAGUUCUACGGUUUCCCUUGGGAGGAAUUUUGGCCGGGGAAGCAGGAAGUUGAGACCGAUGAUACUUCCCAGAAGGUUCAGGAUUUCUUCCAGUAGUACUAAAGAAUCCCCAGACCAAAGCAAUGGGGAAGAACCUCCAGAGUCAUUGUUUAUGAAAGAGCUAAAGAAGCGGGGCAUGACUCCUACUUCAGUGCUUGAGGACAGUAAAAAAAGCAGCAAUGCUGGGGAUGAAACAAAUUAUAGGGAGGAAGAUGGAGGAUUUUCUACGAGAAAUACAGUCUCUAUGGAUGCUGAAACAAAGUUAAAGAAUCAACUGGAGGAAUCUAGAGCACUUAAUAGCGAAGGCCUUGAGGGUUUAAUCCCACGGGCUAAACUAUUGCUUACCCUUGGAGGAACAUUCUUUUUGGCGUUUUGGCCUUUGAUCCUCAUAACUGUUGCCUUUACUACUGGAUUAUACCUGUACUUCGGAACGAGUUUUAUCCAUGAUGGUAGGGACAGUAACAUCAACAUACCUGAGUACAUAGAUCCCUAUCAGCUUCUUGAGGAAGAAAGGUUAUCACAGACAGCCCCUCGCCUAUAUUGAAGGAAGACAUGGCACCUUGCUGAUCAGCCUUUUCUAGCUCGUAUAUAAGUUUUCUGUUGGUUUAUUCCCUUUAAAUGUAGCUUUAUUCUUUCCUUGUAUAAAUGUUAAUCUAAAGAAACAAAGGCCUAUUAUUCACACCCCUUUGUAUAAGCUUUAUUGACAAGGAAUUUUAGUUCCAUUUGGAAGCUAUAUUUUAAUAGCGUUCGAACAAGUUCUCUGAUAAAUUUAUGCGUGUGUAUUUAGAACCUAACUUUCUGCUUAUGCAUAAAUCAAGGAGUUCUCUUUCAAUCAUCAAUAUAG